CAGUGCUGAGCUGCAUCUGGUUUAAACCUACGUUUUAAACCUUGUGAACAGACCGUAGAAGAAAAGUGGGGCUCGCUAUGGCGGAAACAGAACAGCAGUCAGCAUCUUCUCCUGAAGAUGAGGCGCCUGACGCCGGGACCGCCUACAUCAUCCCCAAGAAGGAAAUCAGCAUGGUGCCGGACAUGGGGAAGUGGAAACGCUCUCAGGCCUAUGCUGACUACAUGGGCUUCAUCCUGACCCUGAACGAAGGAGUGAAAGGGAAGAAGCUGACGUGUGAAUACGAAGUCUCUGAGACGGUGGAGAAGCUGCUCGGCCUUCUGGGAACUCUGGACCGGUGGAUAAACGAAACUCCUCCGGUCGACCAGCCGUCCCGUUUCGGCAACAAGGCGUACAGAACCUGGUUCUCCAAGCUGGAGCAGGAAGCCGAAGCCUUGGUGGCCGCAGUGCUGCCUGCAGAGAAAGCCGCCGCUGCUCCAGAGAUCGCCGUCUACCUGAAGGAAGCUGUCGGGAACCCGACCAGGAUCGACUAUGGGACAGGUCAUGAAGCGGCCUUCGCUGCGUUCCUCUGCUGCCUCUGUAAGGUUGGCGCUCUGAGGAUCUCUGACCAGCUGGCCAUAGUCUUCAAGGUGUUCAACAGGUACCUGCAGUUGAUGCGGAAGCUGCAGCGGACCUACAGGAUGGAGCCGGCAGGCAGCCAGGGCGUCUGGGGACUGGACGACUUCCAGUUCCUGCCCUUCAUCUGGGGCAGCUCCCAGUUCAUAGAUCAUCCGACUCUGGAGCCGCGGCAUUUCAUCGAUGAGAGAGUGGUGAACGAGCAGCACCAGGACUACAUGUUCCUGGACUGCAUCCAGUUCAUUAACGAGAUGAAGACGGGUCCGUUUGCUGAGCACUCCAACCAGCUGUGGAACAUCAGCGCCGUCCCGUCCUGGUCCAAAGUCAACCAGGGCCUGAUCAGGAUGUACAAAGCAGAGUGUUUGGAGAAGUUCCCAGUGAUCCAGCAUUUUAAGUUCGGCAGCCUGCUCUCCAUCCAGCCAGCGAAGCCUUGACGCUCCACAGAGGCAGGAUUUCCAGCGUUCCCAGUUCCAAUGGUAGCGAAUGCUAGCUGCGUAGCCCGACACAUGCAUUCCCUCACUGGCAUGCUGCUGAGAAGGUUUGGACACAUCCUCAACUUUCCUGCUCAGCAUGUCGCUGAUGACCUCUGAACUCUGGAGCAUCUGCGGAUUUUUGUCUUAUUUAUAUAAAAGUCUCAGAUAUUAUUUUUAUGGUUUUCGGAAUGUGUGAUCAUGAAUGCUGCAGUAUUGCUGUCAUCAGUGAGACUGUUGUGUUUUUGUUUUGCUUUUAAGGCCAAAGGUCAAAUUUUCCUCAAACGUAUUCGCUCAGAGCCAACUGUAGACCGCUUCAACAUCCAUCUAGGUUAGACAGAAACUUCUAGAUUCAGCAAGUCUAGAUGGAAAGUCUGUGCAUGGAAAAACUCUUUCAGUUUGCCCAACGCUAGCCUCAUCCAGCCCCAAAAACAGAUAUCAGCUCCGUUCUGAUGAAUAUUGUCAUUAAAAGAAUAAAAUGAACAUUAUGGUUC